AUGGAGAUCCAGGCUCGCAAGUUCUACUCGCAACGCAACAUGUACCUCUGUGGCUUCACCCUCUUCCUCUCUCUGAUCCUCAACCGCACCUACGGUAUGAUCCUUGACGUCCUCCGUCUCGAGCUCGAGAACAGACAGUUGAAGGGCACCGACGGACCCAAGGACGCCAAGCUCAACGAGGCCGAGAGCAUUGGCGAGGUCGGCCGUCUGAAGAAGGAGCUUGCUGCCAAGGACCGUGACAUUGAGACUCUCAAGAAGCAGGCUCAGGGUCUCUCUACCGAGUACAACCGUCUUGGUGACCAGAAGGACCGAUAA